UUGGUCCGUAAAGUCCGUAUUUUUAAAUACUUUCACUGGCUCGAACCCUGCAAACAUUACAUUUAUAUAUUUGUAUAAUAAAUGAGAUUGGUCGCUAAUUGAUUUUAUGAUUAAUCUAAUAUUCAUUUUUAAUAGAAUUAUUUUUCGUUACAAUGAAAGCACACAAAUGAUGAUAAAUUCAAAAGUAAUUUUGAAUUCAAAUCCAUGACGAAACUUACUGGAGCAUUGACAAUAAAUGACAAACACGCAAUAUAUUUUAGUAUAAAAGUAAAUGGAAUUUUGAAUACGAAUUGUAGUGUUUUGCUUAUUUUCGUGAGUUUGGUGUGUUUCUCUUUGUACAAUGGACAGCGAUAAAUAUUUAUAUUUUUUGGACAAUGAUCAAUGUUCGUAAAUUUGUUUUUAUUAAAAUUAUAUUCUGGGCAAUUAUACUGAUGGAUUAUAGGAUCGAGAAGAUAUUUGGAAAAACGCCACCCAGUUUGUAUUUGCCGAAUUUAUCGGAAAAUAAUAAACUGCAUCCAAUUACCAUUCCCAUUGUACCAAAUUGCAAAAAUACGAAUUUUCUCAAUCAGCCCUACCUUUGUAAAUUCGUAAAUCAAUUUAAAAAAGUUCCUCCAGUUACUAGUAAUUCUAUUUUCUCACCUCAAGAUUAUUUAACUGAUAAACCAACAAAUCGACAAGGGAGAAGCUAUUAUGGUUCUUAUGGACAUGGAGCACCGUCAGCUCCAACUUUUUAUCCUUCAACUAUUUUCAGAACUUUCGAUCCAAUUAGCGUACUCGCCUCACUCGCAUUCUUGGCUUUUCUAUUGCAAUCUUUUGCAUCAUUAUUCGACAGAUCAAGAUCAAUUAUUCCAACAAUUAUUAGCAGCCGAAGACAUUCUUCAUCAGAAGUUGACGAGGACGUUGAGGAGCGUGUAAUGCGAGCUCUUAAUGAAUAUUCAGCCUUGGAAAAUAAUUUAUUCAAUCAAAGAGAAGAGACGACAACGAAAUUCAAACCUUCUGCAAAACGAUGAAAUUAUUCAAACUAUUUGAAAAAAUUGUAUAAAUAUUUUAUUAAUGUACUAAAAAUAUUACAAAAACAUUAAUAUCAAA